AACGGUACAGUGGUCAAUUUGGAUUCAUUUUUCCAAGAACUGACGCACAACAAGAUAACAAGUUUACCAGGUUGGGAGGAACGCAUACUGAUCAGUGAUCGAGCACACCUUGUAUGUGGCAUUCAUAUGCUCGUUGACGAUUACUCGGAGGAUAAGCUAAAAAUCAAUAAAAUCGGGACAACGAAGCGUGGCAUUGGCCCAACGUAUUCCAGCAAGUGCUUCAGGAAUGGGCUUAGAGUCGGCGAUCUUGUCCACGAUUUUUCUGCAUUUUCCAAGAAGUACGUUCAUGUCUUGUUCGAAGCACCACUUUUCACCUAA